AUGCUGGCAGUGCAUUUUGACCAGCCAGGUGGACCAGAAAACCUCUACCUGAAGGAGGUGGCCAAGCCGAGCCCAGGAGAGGGUGAAGUCCUCCUGAAGGUGGCAGCCAGCGCCUUGAACAGGGCCGACUUACUCCAGAGACUGGGCCAGUAUGCCCCACCUCCAGGGGCCAGUAGCAUUUUGGGACUUGAAGCAUCAGGACAUGUGGCUGAGCUGGGCCCUGGCUGCCAGGGACACUGGAAGAUAGGGGAUUUGGCCAUGGCUUUGCUGCCUGGUGGAGGCCAAGCUCAGUAUGUCAGUGUCCCUGAAGAUCUCCUUAUGCCUAUCCCAGAAGGAUUGACCCUGUCUCAAGCUGCAGCCAUCCCAGAGGCCUGGAUUACUGCAUUUCAGCUCUUACACCUUGUAGGCAAUGUUCAGGUUGGAGACUAUGUGCUGAUCCAUGCAGGAUCAAGUGGUGUGGGCACAGCUGCCAUCCAGCUGGCUCGGAAGGCUGGUGCUAUUCCGCUGGUUACAGCUGGCUCCCAGCAUAAGCUUCAAAUGGCAGAAAAGCUUGGGGCUGCUGCUGGAUUCAAUUACAGAGAAGAUUUUUCUGAAUCAACACUGAGGUUCACUAAUGGUGUUGGAGUUGAUCUUAUUCUAGACUGCAUAGGUGGAUCCUAUUGGGAGAAGAAUGUCAACUGCCUUGCUCUUGACGGUCGCUGGGUUCUCUAUGGUUUAAUAGGAGGAGCUGACGUUAGUGGGCCCCUGUUUUCAAAACUACUCUUUAAACGAGGGAGUCUGAUCACUAGUUUGCUGCGAUCUAGGGAUAAUAAGUACAAACAAACUCUGGUGAAAACUUUCACGGAGCAGAUUCUGCCCUACUUCUCCAAGGACAGCCCCCAACGUCUGCUGCCAGUUCUGGACAGAGUCUACCAGGCGACUGAUAUUCAAGCGGCCCACGAGUACAUGGAGGCUAACAAGAACGUGGGCAAAAUCGUCUUGGAGCUGCCCCAGUGAAGGAAGACUCCAGAGCAAACUUGGGGUCGGUUCUACUCCCAGGUCCGCCCCUGUAAAGCUGGUCUAACGAAAUAAAACAAAAAGAGCGUAUGUGAAAGGAGGUGUGCUCUCUGUCGGCGACCCAGUACGUGGACAAGGAUGAGGUGGGAGUCAGGACCAUCAUCAGGUGAUGGGGGACCCGAGACCCAGAGCCCCCGACCAGUGUUGUGGUUACAGCUCAGAUUCCGAACCCUGUAGGAUGCGCUAAACGUGCAGAAAGCUACUCCCACCUCCGCAGC